UUGCACAUUAUUUCCAUAAACAACUUUAUGUACGCAUGUUUAUCAAGAAAAACUGUAAAACAGAGACCGAGACUGCUUCUUCUUCACUCCGAAUCUCUCUACAACUGCUACAAUUUCCGUGAAAAAUCUUAACAUUCCACUCCAUAUAUAUCGUUUCUGUCACUUUUUUGGGAUCUGGGUCACCUUUUUCAUCCCCUGAAUAUAUCGAACACUAAUUGCAAAUUUAUCAAACACCUUUGAUGUGAUUUUUUCCAAAUCUCCCAACUUUUCUAUACUUAGCAAUGUAGAUUUUAUUUCCACAAAAGGGUUCAGAUAUUUAGUUAUGUAAAGAAAUGCAGUUGUCUUAAAACUGGGGAUUUUUCAUAUUUUGUACAAAAUAUGAACUGGGCUUUGAUUUUCUUGAAAGAUUGAGGUUUUAUUGGGACUUAAUGGCUCACCCAUCUGCUAAUAAGAUGUUUUGUAGUCCUGGGAUCUUUAGAUUGAUUUUGUUUUUGGUGGGUUUGUGUUUUGUUGGUUAUACUAUGAGACAACAAUUGUUUAGGCAUAACAGUGGUGAUGCAAGUGUGGGAUCUUCAUGUCCUGUGUGUCAUUGUGAUUGCUCUGCAGAGACUACCCUUCCAUUACCUUUAGGAAUUUCCAGCGGCACAUUAGAAGACUGUGGAAAAGACAACCCAGAGACAAAUGAGGAAAUGAAGAAGGAUGUAAUAACUUUGCUUACAGAGGAGAUCAGCUUGCAGAAGACUGUAAUUGAUGAUAACCUGGCACACACCAAGGCACUGAUUAUGGAUGCAAGGAAAUCUUCUUCGCACUAUCAAAAAGAAGCAGAGAAGUGCAACACGGGAAUGGAAACUUGUGAAGAAGCAAGGGAGAAGGCUGAAGCAGAACUUACAGAAGAGCGGAAGCUCUCUCUGUUAUGGGAGAAUCGAGCUCGUGAAAAUGGAUGGAGGGAUAGAUAAAGUGUUUAGUCGGUGAAAUAUACAUAUAAAAUAUCAUAGAUUACCAAGCCAAUUUUUUUUUACAUAAACAUCAGUUCCAUUGUAUAGAUUUAUCUAUUAGUGUUCUUCACUGUUUCUAUUAGUCACGUCUUUCAUAGUUUUAAUAAUCAAUCUAUAGUUUGAAGCUAUUAA